AUUUAACUACUUUUAAUUUUAACACCAUUCCCCUCCCUUCGGCACAAGGAACACCAGUUCCUUCUCCACGCCCAUCCCCAUUUUCUUUUCUUUUUCUCCAUACCCAUAAGUUUCACGAGCAUGUACUUCUCCCCAGGACCUUGAAUUUGAUUCCUCACCAUCAUAGUCAUAAAUAACCGCCUUUCUGCCCACUUUAUCGUAUAUAUAUUCAUCAUUAUUCCCCUGCAUAUAUGUCUACACCGUUUCCUCUAUAACAAUGGCUACCUCCGCUGGGAAGAACAACUUAUUGCCUGCAUCUCUGGUCUCCAAUCUCCAGGAUGUUCUUCUACGCCGGAAAAGUGACGCCGGUGAGAAAGGAAACGAGGAGGCUCAACAAUCGAAGUCCAACGACGAUACGACAGAGCUGUCAUCUUCGAACGCCACUGGGGAGCCGGACAACACGAAGCCUAUCGUUUUGGUGACUAAUGCCGACGGGAUUGAUUCCCCAGGUCUCACAUGUCUUGUCGAUGCUCUGGUUCGCCAUGGCCUCUACAAUGUUUACAUCUGCGCUCCGCAAUCAGACAAAUCAUUAUCUGGCCAUUCAAUUACGCAGAGGGAAACAGUUGGAGUGAGCUCAGUUGAAGUUCAAGGAGCCACCGGCUAUGAGGUUUCUGGGACUCCUGCAGAUUGUAUCUCACUGGUCGUAUCCGGGGCACUUUAUUCUUGGUCAAAGCCUUCCAUUGUAAUCAGCGGAAUCAAUAGGGGCUCAAGUCGUGGCAAUCACAUGUAUAGCUCGGGUGUUGUAGCAGGUGCCAGGGAGGCAUUGUUGAGUGGCAUCCCCUCUAUAUCAAUAUCUCUUAACUGGAAGAAUGAUGAAAGUCAGGAAAAUGAUUUCAAGGAUGCUGCAAGCGUUUCAUUACCUUUAAUUGCUGCAGCAAUUAGAGAUAUAGAAAAGGGUGUUUUUCUCAAAUGUUGUUUACUGAAUGUAGAAGUUCCAACUUCUCCUCUCACAAAUAAGGGAUUUAAAUUAACAAAACCGAGUAUUUGGAGGUCCACACCAAGUUGGAAAGCUAUUCCAGCAAAUAGGAAUCCUGCUGAUGGACGCUUUCCUGCGAAUCAGCAAAGCCUCGGCAUACAGCUUGCUCAGCUUGGCCGAGAUGCCUCUGCUGCAGGUGCUGCUCGUCGCUUGGCCACACAGAAGAAAGAUAUUGAAGAAGUUGAGUCAGUUGGGGUUGCUAGAAAAUCUGAUCCCAACCGGGCAGUCAAGUACUUCAGAUUGGAGUUGCUAGACAAUGAACUAGAAGACAGUGGUGAUGAUUUAGAUUUUAGAGCGGUUCAAAAUGGACUUGUUGCUGUCACUCCGUUAUCUCUUUCACAACAUGUAGCGCAAGAAAUUGAGACAGCUGCUUCAGAUUGGAUUUCUAAUGCCUUACAAGCUGAGGAUUGAGAGUCGUCACCUAUGCUGUGGAGCAGAAAAAAAGUUGAAGUGUUUGGAUGAAAGUGCAGAAUUGAUUCGGAUGCUCUAAUUUACUCCUAGAAUCAGUUCUUUUAGAACUGGAGGAGACUAGCUUCCUAAAACUAAUUCUGCUGCUGCUUCUACUUUAGAAUAGAAGCAGAAGCAGAAUCAGUUCUAAACAUCCCUAUAUAGUCUAGUAUGUUUAGGCAGUGUUUGCCAUUGUGUUUUAAAAGCACUUUUUAGUUUUUCAAUUGAAAAAAGCUAGAAAGUGUGUUUGCAAAGACAAAUUUUUGCUUAUUUGGAAGUGCUUUUGAGCUAAAAGCGCCAUAGACAUGUUUGCCACUUGCCUUCUCCUUGCUUUGCCUUGCUUUCUUGCUUCCCAUUUUACCUAUUCUCUAGGGUUCUUGUUGGCUCCAUCGACCUGUUCAAGGCUUCAAGCAUGCCGGUCAAUUCCCUGAAGCUUCUUGAAGCCAAUUCUCUAGUAUUUUAGUUUUUCAUUCAUCUGAUUUGAUGGGUUUUAGUUUUUAUUCUCCCAAUUUGUUUCUAAAUGGUUAAGCCAAUUUCUACCGCCGGUGAUGCUUCAAGCAAAUUUAUUUGACACUCCGCGAUAUUACCAGGGAGAAAUCAUCUUUCACAUAUGGUUUUCAAAUCAAUGAAC